CCACAUCAUAAUCAGGAGACAUCGAUACGACCCAAACAAACCUUCCUAGCUAGCUAGCUAAAUGUUACCGUUAAACAUAAAUGACUUUAAAAAUUAGGAUUAAUGUCGUAUUGUGAGGGUAACCAUGAUUUCAGUGAGCUAUAUUCUGCUAUGCGGGCAAUUUCUGCUACUACUGGCGGUGAUUUUUUUGCAAUGUCUGGAAGGAAUUUAUUCCCAAAACUCCACGACAAUGGAGACUCCUGCUGCUUCUCCUGGCCAGGGGGUUAGCGUUACCGCAAUCCCGUUCAGCGAGCAGCCGUCCGAAAUAGUGAAACAUGAAAUAGAAAAUCCGAAUAAUACAGAAUUCGAGUACAGACCACCUUCGCCAGUCGUCCUCUGCAGUUAUCUGCCGGAGGAGUUCAUCUACUGUCAAGAGCCUGUGGAUCAUGCAGGCAACUACAGUGCUUUUCAGGAGUUGGGCUAUGGUUGUGUGGGGUGGGGUGGCCAGACUCAGAAAGAAGUGAACCACACCCGAGUUAUCUGCACUGCACUGGAUGAUAUAGAGUGUGCUGGACCCAGAGAAUUCCUUCGAGGAAACGUGCCCUGCAUCAGAUACACCGGGCACUAUUUUAUCACCACACUGCUCUACUCUUUCUUCCUGGGCUGUUUCGGGGUCGAUCGUUUCUGCCUGGGCCACACCGGCACUGCUGUCGGGAAGCUGCUCACCCUGGGAGGCCUGGGCAUCUGGUGGUUUGUGGACUUGAUCUUGCUCAUUACUGGCGGCCUGAUGCCCAGUGAUUACAGCAACUGGUGCACCUACUACUGAGACCAACAGCAAAGCGUGACCAAGGAGUGAGUCAGAUAUUCAAUUAGAUUGUGAGAACUCCAGGGAUGCAGCCUCAGAAUGACAGUUAUAAAUCUGUAGGCUGUUCUAAGAGGAUUAACAGCUCUGCUGUGCUGAGUGGGCUCCAGGGAGCGCCUAAGGACCCUGACAGGGUUCCCAGGGGCUUCUGAGAAAAAUGUGGAAUAAUUUGAUUUCAUUCCAAUUUAAUUCACCUGAAAUUUACCACUGUGCGAAUGUAUAAGAAUUACUGCAGUAUUCCCAGCUUUCACCAUGGCAGCAGUGAUGGUCUUUUUAGUUGUUAAUUAAUUACUAAGUUAAGGUUACUAUUAUGCCUAUCUGGCUCAUCUGACCUGAACCACAGGAAAAAAAGGGUUUUGGUUUUUAGUUCUGGUUUGUUUGUUGUGUUUACACUAAUUUAUUACAAACAAACCAAGCCACAUGGACUGACAGGUAACUUAUGGAGUGGACUAUAUUGGUGAUUGUCAUCCUGCCUCAUCAGCUCUACAUGGACACACAUGGGAAAAGUAAAUGUUAAGAAAUGACAUGUUUGUAUUU